UCAUAACAGCAUUAAACGAAACGUCAUGCACAGAGUUUUGUCUGGUAAACUGUGAUUCUAACCUGGAAUAUUGUUGUUCCUACAGUGGUUCCCACGGACGUUUCAUGUGCAAGUGAACAUUCGAUUCAAGUCUUUUCUACUAGACUGUGCUCUGUUACGAUCAUUGAGCCUCGGGUUUUUGCGAUAGCGUUAUAAUUUCUAAUCCAUUUUGAGAACUACAGAACGCAACACGUUUACCCAUAAAUUAUGGACCGAUGGGAGUAAAACUGGUACCGACAAUUCGCGGACGGCGAAUAAUUCGGUGUAGAGGAUUAACGCCGUUAACGACAGAUGCCAGUGACCGUAUACAUCGUGUCACACAUUUUAAAUUCAAACACGAGCACUGCCGUGCUUUCCAACAAAGUACAACAAUUGUUAAAAUUAGAUGUAUGAAGUCUAUUACCUGUGCUAGAACCGAUUAUGAAAUCGAGUAAAUGUAACGCGCCUGGAACUGGUAACCAUUGGGGUGAAUUACCCGCGAGAGAAACUCACAAGCAGGAGAUAAUCACCCCCGACGUGAUUGAAAACAUUUGGAGACAGGUUAUUGAAGAUACCAAGGAUUCGGGUUUUGAUUUUCAACCAGAUGUACAAGCAGAACAUUUUCAGUUACCCGCACUGAACCCUCACGUACUGAAUACCAUAAAUCUUCAUCAGCGUUUAAGAGAUCUGAAAGAUGGAGUUUUUCACGUACCAGCGACUGAAAUCGAAGUAUUGACGCCACCCAAAACACAAAACUCCUUAAACCCUUUCCAAUUUUUAUUUCCACACGGAGAAACUGAGGAGGAUUCUAAUAGUAGAAAAAUACCCGAGGGCUCAUCAAACCAUGACGCGAUAAUAUACCUGAAACCGGAAACGGCUCAUGGUUUGCUGAAACAUUCCGUUGUUGUUCUACUGGCGCAUACCGGGUUUGAAAGUUCCUCUGAUAUAGCCAUUGAAGCGCUGACGGAUAUUGCUGAACAAUUUUUGAAGCGAACCUCUGGACUACUUAAGGUUGCGGCGGAACAAGAAGAAUGUGGUUUUCCUGACGUUGUUGAGAGAGUCUUGUGUGAAAUGGGUAUUGGCGGAGCUCGAGCGCUCCACGAUUACUAUCAGGAAAACGUUUUGAGAUUCGAAGCAAGUAUGAAAAUAGCUGUUGAAAGGGCGGCAGCUAAACGGAGGAAAAGGGAACCUGGUUCAGGCAGCAGCAAGAUGGAACAAGACGACGGUUUUAGCGAUGUAGGUUUUGACGAACUUGACGAAUUUGGCAAUGUAUGCAGAGAAGUGCCAACGUUACAACUAUUGGAUCCUGAGCUUGGAUUUCCACCGAAUCUUGAUGCAGGGUUCCAAAUGCUUCAUAGUCUAGAGCAGGAAGGGUGAGGCAAAGCUUUCCAGUCAUUAAAUAGCUUGGAGGUUGACGAAGAAGAGGUCAACGUGAGCGACUCCCCCAACUCCGUUCGGCUACGUCAAUCUGAAGCUCUGGCUGAAAAAAGAAAAAGAUCAUGAGUCUAAAUCUUUAAAUAAAGAAUUCUGGCUCUCUUUGUAAUAAAUCAAUACUAUGAGUCUUUCAAUUUU